UUGGGUGUGCUACGUCGUGGUGCCGUCAUUGGGAAUGCGUUUUUCCGCCGAAGAUUUAUGAUUUCCCUCCAGAUUAACAACGAGGAUGCUGCGUACCCUUGGCUGUUAGACUUCAUUAAUAGAAAAAGCACUACGCAGACAAGGAAUCUUUCCGUGAACACUGCCGUGUCGCUAUCAGAAAGUGGAAAGGCCAGUAUGAAAAUAGCAUAUUUACCAGGCCACGGCGAGCACUUUUUUACCCAUAGGUACAGAUGGAUCAAAGUAGAGCGACAGCGAGAAAAGCAAACCAUUCAGAAGAACGGGUAUCGAACUCCUUUCGAGACAGUGACAUUGACGACGCUAGGCACCGACACAUCGUUUCUUAAAAACCUUCUCGAAGAAGCAUCAUAUGAAGCCGUCUCCAAGGCGGAAACGGGCUUGGUCGUUUAUCAAGCGAUUGGUCCUCAGUGGUCUCGAUUCGGCGCCCCAAGGCGUAAAAGAGAUAUUAGUUCCGUAGUCCUUGAUGGAAAUACUGCAAAGGAGCUUGUAGAUGAUUUUCAGGAAUUUUCAAAGUCUUCACAAUGGUACUCUGACCGAGGUGUUCCCUACAGACGUGGGUAUUUAUUCUAUGGACCGCCGGGGACUGGCAAAAGUAGUUUCAUAUCCGCUAUAGCAAGUCAUUUUGGGUACAGCAUAUGCAUGCUGUCACUGAGUGAACGAACUCUUGAUGAUGACAGGUUAAAUCACCUCCUCAAUACUACUCCCCCCAAUAGUGUCGUAGUCUUGGAAGAUAUUGAUGCUGCGUUCACAAGUAGAGAUGAUCCUAUGAGUAAUCACCCGGCUUAUGAGGGAAUGACGAGGGUAACAUUUUCUGGUCUCUUGAAUGCUAUAGAUGGUGUUGGAUGUGCUGAGGAAAGAGUGUUGUUCAUGACUACCAAUCAUGUUGAUCGCCUGGAUAAAGCUUUGAUUCGUCCUGGACGUGUCGAUAAGAAACAGUAUUUUGGAUAUGUAACCAACGAAAUGGCAAUGAAGAUGUUCAUGCGAUUUUAUGGUCUAUCUGAUUCGGAUCCUUCUUGCAACGAAUUUGUUCGACGUGUGAUGUCAGUAGGUUGUGAGCUUUCACCCGCAGAUCUUCAAGGACACUUUUUACUUCAUAAGCAUGACCCAAAAACAGCGACUGAUCAGAUCGACAAUCUUAGUAAACAAAUCAAAUAA